GGUUACCAUUGCAGCGCGGUGUGACGUUGUGGCGCAAUUCAGCCAACUCAAGGAUUGGGCGGAGCGCGCGUUUUCUCAAAGACAGUGCCAAAAGUACGGAGUUGCCGACAAACGCGCCUCACGUAGUUUUGCGCAUGUCGUCUCCUCUCGCAAUUUUCGCGACACCAAAAUGUGGUAGGCACGACUUUGUUGAAAAGUUUUGAAAUGUCGUCACGUUCGUCUUGUCGCAAAUUUGCCGCAUCGCGCAUUUUGCAUCUUGAACGUCAAAGGGCGAACCGCGCUAUGGUACAAGCUCUGUGUUGUCUUGAACCCCUGUAUUUUGCAUAUGUUUUUUCGAACGUAGGUCAAGACGGGACGAGUGGGGUGUGCGUUCAAAAUUGCCGAAAAACCAUUUCUCUCCGAAAUGUACCGCCCCCUUACAUACACCUCCGACUUCACGUUUAAUUCUUUCUUCACUAGGUGUACGUACGACGCGGACGAACGGGCAGCGAGGUUUUGGCACCAGGUAUAUGUCAAAUUAGAUGGAUAUAUAUAUAUAUAUAUAUAUAUGUGUUUGUUAGGCUUGGUAGGUUUGCUACAUUGCUGAAUCUUACUGUAGAGGGGACAACCCCCCCUUCUUGUAUCUCCUUCUCUUUCUUAGUUCUCGUCUUUUCUCUCAUUAACUUCUCCCCCCUAGCUAAACCUCUCGAUCUUUUCAUGGCUUCCCAGCUACUCGUACCUAACGUCCUUCGAAUAGUAUAUUGCAGAGGUGGUACUCUGUGUAUGAAGAUGGCUCAGUCCUUUCAUCUAUGUAGUACGGUGCAAAUUGUAGUAUAACCACACGAAAUCCACACCCAAUGUCAUUACAUCUUGUCGACCUAGGGCAUGUGUUCUUCGAGAGUACGUCUCCAACCCUAUAUCUUCCUCGUACUCUCUUGUUUCUAACAUGGUAUCAUGAGUAGGUUAGGUCCCCCCCCACCUGCUUCCGCCCCACGCCUUAGCCUACCGCGCCUUACCGGACCCUAGCUUGCCCACCGUCCCCUCGCACCGUAGCCGGCCCCGCGCGCCGUAGCCGGCCCCUCGCGCCUAGUCGGCCUCUCGCCCCCAGCCGGCCCCCUCUCGCGCCUCAUCGGCCCCUUGCGCCCCACCAGGCCCCUCGCGUCCUAGACGGCCCCUCACGCCGUCGCCGGCCCCUCCCGCCCUAGUCGGCCCCUCGCGCCCUAGCCGGCCCCUUGCGCCCUAGUCGACCCCUCACGCCGUCGUUGCCCCCCCCUUGCGCCCUAGCCGGCCCCUUGCGCCCAGCCGGCCCCUUCACGACCAGCCAGCCCUCCCUCCCGCCGUAUCCGGCCCCUCACGCCAUCGCCAGCCCCUUGUGCCAUCGCUGGCCCCUCACGCCUGACCGGCCCCUCGCGCCCUAGCUGGCCCCUCGUCGGCCCCCUCUGUCUUUCAGGGUUGUGCUCCCUCCCAGUGUACGUACGCUGACGUUUCCACUGCGGUCACUACAGCUGCUCCUGCCACUGAGAUCGCAGCGGCGGCCUUCCCGCAGCAGCAGCGACAGCGUCGGGGCCGUCACGGCCCCAAGGGAGGGCGUGGUAGUGGUGGUGGCGGCGACAGUGGUUCUGAUGAGGGGGUUGGGGCAGGUGUCCAGGAGCAGCAGCAGCCAUAGCAAUCGCAGCAGAAGCCGCAGCAGCAGCAGCACCAGCCGCAGAAGCAACAGCAGUAGCAGCCGUGGGCCCGCCUCUCGCCGGGGUGGCCGGGAGCCCGUGGAGGUGGUGGCCGAGGUGGCAGUCCUCGUAGCUCGGUGUCUACCGGCGGCUUCGGUGCAGUGGGCUGCCAGUACCAGCUCCAGACCGGGCCCCUCUGUGGCACUGUGUGCCGCCGCCCGCACCCGACCUCCCGCUGAUUCCGCUGCCUCGAUGACCUCUUUCGUCGCCACUUCGGCCCGGAUCCGGACCUCCCUGAUUGGCCCAGCCUGCUGCGUCACGGUGUGCCUGUUUUUGAUUAAGACAUGGAUCAUCUUAGUUUUGCCUUGGAUUCUCGAUAUGCUGACGCUUCUAGUGUGUCCGGAUCUUAUAACCAUGUGUUCUCUAGCUUAGGCAUAGCACCUGUGUGUAGUACAGACACCCCUGUUGCGUCAAGCAUAGGAUCGUUUUCUCUGUCUAGCCUAGACUCUACACUCGCUCCUUCAUCUACCGCUACUGCUUCGCUGUCCUUCACACUUGACUCCGGUGCUUCUGCCUGCUUCUUUCGCAACCACGCCACACUCAUGCCGCUUGCCACGCCUGCCCCCGCUGUCGCACUUGCUGACCCCUCUUCUGGUCCUGUCAUUGCUCGCAGCUACACUACCCUCCCCUGUCGAGCGGUCCCCUUGGGCUCCCUUAAAGGCCUCCACAUCCCUUCAUUCUCCAGGAACUUAGUUGGUGUCAGCUGUCUUCAGGACCUCGGUGUCACCACUACGUUUCCUGGUCACGAGCGGUAUGCUGUCUGUACCGAAGCCGCCUCAGGUUCCCCCCUUGCGACGUUCCACCGGGACCUAGUGUCUGGCCUCUUUACGCUGGACACUGCUCCCCCCCCCGGUUGGCACGUCCUCCCUAGGCCCUGCGUCUACCCUGGUUGCCGCGGCUUGCUCGUGUUGGUCGCUCACUCACCCGUCGCUUCCAUGGCACCACCGCCUAGGUCACCCCGCACUCCCGCGUCUGUGUCACAUGUCUCAGCAUAGUCUCGUCCUAGGUCUCACUGCAUCUCUUCCUUCCCUCCCUCUCUCACCUGCGCUGCCGUGCACGCCUUGCGUCGAGGGCCGGCUGUGCCAUGCUCCUCAUUCCUCCUCGGUUUGUCCCGCCACCGCACCCCUUCAGACCCUGUACCUGGAGGUCUAGGGCCCAGCCCCCGUCCCUGGACCGCGUCGUGAGCGCUACUUUCUAGUGCUCGUGGACGACUUCACGUGCUACACCAUGGUGUUUCCUUUGGAGCGGAAGGCCGACGUGCCUGGCGUUCUUAUCCCGUGGGUUAUGGUUGCCUGCCUCCACCGCGGUCUCUCUGUGUUGUGUCUCCACUCCGACCGUGGCGGCAAGUUCGCCUCUGGUCGGCUUGGACAGAUCCGUUGUGCAGAGGGCAUCACCCAGUCGUAGACCCUACCGGACUCCCCGCAGUAGAAUGGGGUCUUUGAGUGAUGCAUCGGCUUGGUCAUGGAGGUGGCGCAUACCUCCAUGAUUCAUGCCGGCGCACCCCAUUUUCUGUGGCCGUUCGCAGUUCGCUACGCUGCUUAGCAGCUUAACCUCUGGCCGCGCUCCCAGCGGCUGUAGGUUUCGCCGACCCUUCUUUGGACCGGGUUCCCUUGUGACGCAUCCGAGUUCAACGUCUGGGGCUGCCUCGCGCACGUCCAUGCCUUUGGCAAGGACAAGCUCACCGCCCGCACUGUUCCUUUUGUCUUCCUCGGUUUCCCCCUGGACUCGUCUGACUGGCACUUUUACCACCCGCCGUCUCACCGCUUCUUUCACUCCCGUGACGCUACUUUCGACAAGUUUGUCUCCUUUUACCACCGCUUUCCCCACCGAGGUCCCCCGGUUUCCUCUCCUCGGCUUCUGGUCCCCACUCCCCCGGUAGCCUCCGCUCAUCUUCCUCCCCGUCCUGCUCCGUUUGGUGUGUCUCACGUCACUCCCCUCCCGUCGGUUGUCCCGGUCGAGGAUUCGGCUGACUCUGGUGGCCCUGCGGCGUAGUUCUUGCCGCCUGUCUCUCCCCCGGUGUCUCCUCCUCCGUCGUCGUAGUCGCCGCCGCCGCAGCAGCCACCCCUAUCGCAGCGGCAGCAACUGUUCGUGG